AUGGGAUUGGAGAAUACUCCUAAGGAUACCAUGGACAGCAAAGAAUAUAGGCAUUCCUACAAAGCACAAUAUCUUGUAUAUGAUUUGACAGAUGGGCAUGUUUUUCCACUUCUAUCCAAAACACCUGCCAUAGAACUUCAAUAUGCAUCUUGGGGACCUAGUGGUAGUCAAUUAAUAUAUGUAUAUAAUAAUGAUAUUUACUAUAUACCACAAAUAACAUUGGAACCAAGCCCUUGGCAACUCACAAAUACAGGAAAAGAUGGUGAAAUCUUUAAUGGAAUACCUGAUUGGGUUUAUGAAGAGGAAAUUUUAUCAAGUAACAAUGCUAUUUGGUGGUCAGACAGUGGGAACAAAAUUUGUUUUGCUUUAUUUAAUGAUACAAAUGUAGAUAUCAUGACAUAUCAAAUGUAUGGUUCAUAUAAAGAUUUCAAUAAUGUUUAUCCUACUCCUAUAAACUUGAGAUAUCCAAAGCCAGGAAAAACAAAUCCAACAGUUACUUUAUUUGUCAUUGAUCUUUCUACAACGAAUCCACCUUUACAGAAAAUUACUCCUCCUGAAGAUUAUGUAGAUUCAUAUUACUUUACAUCCGUGAACUGGGUUGAUGACAAUAGAUUAUCUAUAACUUGGUUACGUAGACUUCAGAAUUCAUCAGUAAUUAGUAUUUGCUAUGAAAAUCAGAAAUGGAACUGCAUAAAAAGUGUUCAAGAAGAUAUGAAUGGGAGAGGAUGGAUAUCAGAUGUAUACAGACCUCCAUUAUUUACCAGUGAUAAAAACCAUUAUUUUGUUCGAAUGCCUAUUCCAGAGGGUGAAGCUGGAAGAUACUUUCAUAUCGUAAUGUGGGAUAUAAAUGGUAAACGAAAAGAUGUUCUUACAAAUGGGAAAUUUGAUGUUAUUGAUAUCAUAACUCAUCAAAGUAAUAAUCAUAAAUUAUACUAUUUAGCUGCUUCUGCAAACAAAAUUGGGCAGCAGCACUUGUAUUCCAUAACAGAUAUGAAUGCAAACAUAUCUAAAAAAGUAAGCUGUCUGACUUGUGAUAUUGGAAAAAGUUGUCUAUAUAAUAAUGCUAUAUUUAGCAAGAAUGCAAAAUAUUAUAUUCUGGAAUGCUUGGGACCAGAAAUACCAAGAGUUGAAUUGCGGAAUACUGAAGAAAACAAAUUAAUUGAAGUUUUAGAUACAAAUGAUAAUUUAAGAGAUCUUAUCAAUAAAAGGGCACUUCCACAAGUUCGUACAUUUCAAGUUCCAAUUGAUGGAGGGUAUAAAGCAAAUGUUAGAUUAUUUUUACCACCAGGAUUGAAAAAUGAUGAAAUAACAAAAUAUCCGUUAUUAGUGAAUGUAUAUGGUGGACCAGGCAGUCAAAUGGUAACUGAAAGAUUUAAAAUUCAUUGGGGAAGUUACUUAGCUAGUAAAAAAAAUUAUAUCUAUGCAUGGAUUGAUGGACGUGGAGGAGGAAGAAGAGGAGAAAAGAUACUUCAUGAAAUAUAUCAUCGAUUAGGAAGUGUUGAAGUUGAAGAUCAAAUAACUGUGACUAGGUAUUUAAGAAAUGAACUGCCAUUUAUUGAUAAAGAUAGUGUUGGAAUAUGGGGAUGGUCGUAUGGGGGAUAUGCUGCUGCUAUGGCUCUUGCAAAAAGUAAUGAUACAUUUAACUGUGGUAUGUCAGUUGCUCCUGUUACAAAUUGGUUGUAUUAUGAUUCUGUAUAUACUGAAAGAUAUAUGCAGCUACCUGAUGACCAUGUAGCUGAAUAUAAAAAUGCUAAUCUUAUGGAAAUUGCUGGCAAAAUUAAAGGAAAGAAAUUUCUUCUUGUUCAUGGGACAGCAGAUGACAAUGUACAUAUCCAACAAUCAAUGAUGCUGAUGAAAGCACUGACCAAAGAAGAAGUUUUAUUUCGAACACAGGUAUAUCCAGAUGAAAGACACACACUUAAUCAAGUUAAAAAGCAUCUUUAUAGAACUUUAGAAGACUUUUUAUCUCUUUGUUUUGUGAUUAAAAAGGAAGAUGAUGCUGGACAAAAGAAAGGAAGCUAGUCUUCUAUUUCCACCAUAUUGGUGAAUAUUUGUACAUAAAAAAUAUUUUCCCAGGAUUUUUCCACGCCGAGGGACUUAAAUCAUACUUUAAAAUCAAAGACGUUUUUGCACAAAACAGAAAAUUGUGCAGAUAUCAAGAUGCCUAUCAACAAAACGUUGUAUAAUAAAAACUCUUUUCAAAUUAGAUGAUUCAAAUUUAUGCCAUGCUGUAUAUAUAUCCAUCUAAAACAAAAAAUACAAGAAAAAAAAGCUGCAUACCAAGAAGAUUUAAUUAUAGAACGAUUACCGCCAUCAGUUAUGACAAUCUUUCUAUUUUGCUAUCAGUAUAUUAGCAAUGCAAUGAACUAGAAAAUAGAAAAAAAUAUUGCUUUUUUAUAUACCAUAUUUGUGAUAUACAGAUAUUCCACUUUAGGAAAAUAUUACAUGUUAUUCACAAUAUUUGCAUUAUAUUUCGUUGGAGGCACUUAUUUUGCCUACAUUUUGUGAUACAAUAUUUUAUAAUGUUUUGAUUAUUUUUAAAUGUAAAUCACAAUCUAUGUGCCUAUUUAAAAUAAAUAAAUCAUAUUAUUAAUAUGAUAUAUAUAUCAUAUUAUGAGCUUGAUAGUAAGAACAAUAUUAGCUGUAUUAUUUAUUAACAAAGUUUAUGCUAAACAAUGCCAAAAUUUCUAUAUAUAUAUACAUAUAUAAAUCAAUUCUAAGAAUAAUAGAUUAUAAUUCAAAUAUAUUAAUACUUUGAUGAUAGGAAAAGUAGAUUUAAGCAUAAUUUUAUCUAUCUUUAUAACACAAUUCUUCCAGAAAAUAUUAUAGAAAAAUAUAAUUUAGAAGUUUAAGUAUCCAAUAUUGUUAGUUAUAUGCUAAUUUAUGCCAAAAAUAUAAUUUAAAAAACUAUUUUAAAAAUUAUUUAUUAAAUUAUA